ACAAGAUAUGGAAAAUGCUACACUUUCAAUGGGAACAAGUCGACGUCCAGGAAAACCAAGCAAGGUGGAAUGGGAAAUGGGCUGGAGAUAAUGUUGGAUAUUCAACAGGACGAGUAUCUCCCCAUCUGGAAAGAGACAAAUGAGACGUCGUUAGAGGCAGGGAUCCGCGUGCAGAUCCACAGCCAGGAUGAGCCUCCUUACAUCCACCAGCUGGGCUUCGGAGUCUCCCCGGGAUUCCAGACCUUUGUUUCAUGUCAGGAACAAAGGCUGACCUACCUGCCCCAGCCCUGGGGGAACUGCCGCUCCACCAGCGACCAGAUGAUCCCGGGAUAUGACACCUACAGCAUCAGUGCCUGCCGCCUGCGCUGCGAGACCAGGGAGGUGCUCCGGGAAUGCAACUGCAGGAUGGUACACAUGCCUGGAACUGCUGAUAUCUGCACUCCCAGUAACAUCAAGUGUGUCGACAAGGCGCUUGCCCUUCUCCAGAAGAGCACUGGGGACAGCUGUCCCUGUGAGACACCAUGUAACCUGACCCGCUACGGCAAGGAGCUCUCCAUGGUCAAGAUCCCCAGCAAGGGCUCCGCUCGCUACCUGUCCAGGAAGUACGACAAGUCUGAGGAGUAUAUAAGAGACAACUUUCUGGUGUUGGAUAUCUUCUUUGAGGCUCUUAACUAUGAAACAAUUGAACAAAAGAAAGCGUACGAUGUUGCAGGUUUACUAGGUGACAUUGGAGGCCAGAUGGGCUUGUUCAUUGGAGCCAGUAUUUUGUCCAUUUUAGAAAUAUUGGAUUAUGUUUACGAGGUGAUAAAGCACAGGCUGCAGCGUCUGCUGAGGCCACAGAAGGAUGAGAAGAAACAACAAACGACCACUGUUGCCACUGUGGAUCUGCAAGAUAUGAAAGCCAAUAAGGAGUCCAGUGACAUGACCAGAAGUCACCCAGAAGGAGCCUACGCCAAUACGAUUCUACCGAAUCACCAUCUCCCCCACCACCAAGGACAGCCACAUGGAGUGUUUGAGGACUUUGCCUGCUAGACCCAGUGGCCAUCUUUCCACCCUGAUGACAAUAAAAUGACAAUAAAAUAUGUCCUCUCAGACCCUGGGACCUCAGUUCUAUACCUUUCUUGCUGUCACCAGUGGAAAAAGCUACAGCCAAAGUCGAACACCAAACCUGUGCUGCUAAUAGACCACUUGUAUGUAAGCACAGAUUGGACCCCACAGUACUGUCCGGCUGGAGACGCCCACCUUCGAUCCCUAUUCUGGUUAUUUUGGUCCAUGGUCACCACAUGGGAACAAGACAAGGACUGCAUGUCAUCUUGAGCCAUCUUGAUAUACUCACCUCCAAUAUCUUGAUGUAUGUACCACUCUUAAUCUUGUUUCCACCAAACUAUUUGUCAAUAGGUUCUCACUUACUAUUUUGAAUCAUAUCAUUGUAAAUGAUGUAAUUAUUUACUGAGAUAUUAUAAUUUCCCCUUUAUAUUGUAUACAAAAUGAGACUCGAUAAGACAAGUGGUCAUAUUCAAUCUAACCAUUAUAUAGAGAUAUCAGCAAACAAAAUCAGAGAAGAUAUUACACUGAUCUUUUAGCGAGUUAAACCCCUACUACACUUACUUUGAUGAUAGGGCCCAUACUAUAUACACACACUGUGUCUCGUUUAUAGUAAAGGUGUGUUAGAGAUUAGUAUUAUAUAUGUACUGUACAUGGUUCCAACCUGAGUACAAAGAGAAAGCACUGUUUUAAAUGGAUAAUGAUUCAUUGAAUAUAUAACUAAUACAAAUGUUGGUGAUUUAUUGAUAUAUUUUAGAGAAUAUUAUUUUUUAAAUAAUAUGAUUGUAGCUUCUUCUUGCUUAUUAGUGAAACCAGUCGGAAAGGUGAUGAUUGGAAUUGCAUUGCUCCAGGCAAUUAAUAUAUUUUUCAGAUUUACUGACUUGGGUAAAGGUGAAGUUCUUACAGCAAUUACGGUGUCCAAAUUAGGACAGCACUCAAAGGUAAUGAAUAACAACAAGCGUGACAUGGAUGAAUCAUUUGGGCCCUUCUGCAAAUGCUGUGGUCAUUUCAAUGACAAAGUCCCCAUUAAGGUUGCUUAAGGUUAUAUAUUCUAUAACAGAUGUGUGACACAAGUUAAUGCCCCCACAGUUUAAAGCCAAAGCAACAAAUGAGAGGGUGAUUUUUUUGGGGAACCAAACCAACAACCAUUCCCUUUCACUAUAUGCCAGUCCUGUGGGAAACAGUUUGUAGUUCGGCACACAUUUGCGUGUGGGAACUAUAACACACAUCGUUGAACACAUUCAACAGACUGUAGUACCUGAUCUCCUCCAUUUAAAGAAAGAGCCAGAAUUGUAUUUUCCCCAAAUCCCUGUUGGAAGUAAACUGACUUCCAAAAUAAUUGUUUUGUGUCUCCUGCACACUCUCUUGGCUUAAAUAGUGAAUUUGAUAAAGAAAAAGCUGAUCUAGGACUAAACUGCUGUCAACUCUCCUAAGUGAAACAGCCUCCGUGAAAGACCUAUCAAAGACCUUUGAGUACUAUCUGACAAUCCACUGUGGGUUUAAGACCUCCACCAUUUUGUUGGAUUUUGCUGGGUUAUUUAUUUUUACCUCACAUUACAGCAUAUAUGAUCACAUAAAUAGAUGUCAAGAUGUUAUCAACUAUUUCUUAAUCAUUUGGUUUGUGAUCUUAAUAUUGGUAACCAUACUGUAGUCGAGUGCUCCGAGCUGUGCUUUGUUAGACAAGUCCACAAUGAAAUUACACAUUCAUCAGCGUAGAGAAUCCACUGUUGCCCAUGUCAAGUAAUCAUGGGUUUUAAACAUGGCUUUUAAGUAUUCAUAAUCAUGUGUCACUAUGACAUUUUCAAAGGUUCCCAAUCACAGUCUCUGAUGGCAUCCUGUACUGGCUCUGCAUACAAACUUUCUCCUCGGUCAUCACUAACACUAUCCUCUCCACUAAAGACAGGCCACACACACAGAUGAGAUGCUGUACAAGGGUGAAUGUGGGGUCAAAACGCAAUCUUGACGUCACUUGUUACAGUUAUCUAUAGGCGGUCAAGUAUUUAUAGAUCCAGAAAAGCCUAACCAGUCUGUCUCUACGGCGAAAUGUAUUUGCUAUGUGUAUAGCAUACAUGUACGGCCCGUCUGAGAAUGUGUCCAUGGAAUUCAGAAAGAAUUUGGUAUGUAAUAUUACAACUAGUAUGGGCAAAUUACGACAACACCUGUGCAUAUUACUGUGGAACUAAAUGGUUGCUGUAGAGCUGACCUUGCCUGAUUCCCCCCUUGACAACAAUCUGAACAUUUUACAAUUUCUAAAAUUGCCACUAUGCUUGUUCUUUCACUUCAUUUCUCUACUCUGCUUGUUCAGUUCCACAAUUUUCUGUUUCGCAAAUACUGUUUGCAUAUUGUAUAUUCACACAAUCAAAAUCAAGUUCUCAGUAAUAAGUUUGUGUUUUGCGACUUGGUCUCAUCAUGAUCUGAAUGUUCCACAUAUGACAGAAAUCGGUCAUAGAGUGAGAUGGCAAUGAAGCAUGCAUCGUUACACUGUUGAGGGUUCAAGAAUGGAUCAGAGCAAUUCUAUUAAACAGUAUGGCAUCAAUGGAAAUUCUAUAAGAUCCACAGGAAAACGCUGAAUACAUUUUGUAUAGAAGUCUGCUAUUGUGACUGUUUCUUCUGUUGGAACACAUUUUAUAAAUGUUAUGGUAAGUACAAAUAUUAAAGUUUAGAUUGGUAAAUGAAAUGCCUCCUAUAUGA